UACCUCGGAAUGCUGAAAUGCAUAUCAAAAUUCAAGUUAAACCGCCAGUGGGUGAUCAAAUUAUGAAUUUCAUGGAUAUCAAGCUGAACAUUUGCGAUUUUCUAAGCAAUAAUAUGCCAAAUCCCAUUGGUAUAAGUGUGAUAACAGAGAUAAGAAGGGUUGCUAAUUUGCCCUACUCGUGUCCCAUUAAAGGGAACUUUGCAUACACCAUCAAAAAUUCCACAUUUUCAAACAAGAUAUUGCCACCCUAUACACCGCAAUUUAUAAAAUUCAACUUUUCUUUGAACUUGUUUGCGGACAGCGAACCUAUGGCUCAAAUUUUGUUGCAAGGUUCCACAGGUCGAUGA